AUGGCCCAACCCCAUUUCGAUGCCCUUGUGGUCGGGGCCGGGUUCGGGGGAAUCUAUCAGCUCCACAAACUGCUGCAGCAAGGCCUGUCGGUGAAAGUGAUUGACGCGGCAGGAGACGUCGGCGGCACAUGGUAUUGGAACAGAUACCCGGGCGCCAUGUCUGAUACAGAAUCCUACAUCUACCGCUACAGCUGGGACAAGGACGACCUGAUCAACUACCCCUGGAAAGAACACUACCUCAAGCAGCCCGAUGUCCUGGCCUAUCUCGAACAUGUGGUCGACCGAUACGACCUACGCAAGCACAUGCAGUUCAACACCGAACUCCAGCAGGCGCAGUACGACGAGGCCAACAACGUCUGGCUGGUGCAGUGUUCGACCGGCGACACCUUCACUGCUCGAUACGUGGUCACCGGCCUGGGUCUGUUGUCCAAGACCAACUAUCCCAACAUCCCCGGCAUUGAGAAGUUUCAGGGCGAGUUGUAUCAUACCGGGAAUUGGCCACGCACGCACGACUUCAAAGACAAACGAGUCGGUAUAGUUGGGAACGGGUCCACUGGCGUCCAGGUCAUCACAGCCAUUGCCAAAGAGGUGCGCCAACUGGUUUCCUUCCAGCGCACCCCGCAGUACAGUGUCCCGAGCGGCGACGGGCCGGUGUCGAAAGAAUACCGCGAUUCAAUCAACAGCCGCUAUGACGAGAUCUGGGAACAAGUCCGCAACAGCGUGGUAGCUUUUGGUUUCGAAGAGUCCAAGAUCCCUGCCAUGAGCGUCUCUGCCGAGGAAAGAGAGGAGAAGUUCCAAGAGGCAUGGCGGCGCGGGAACGGGUUCCGAUUCAUGUUCUGGACCUUCAGUGACCUGACCGUGGACGAAGAAGCGAACGAAGAAGCAUGCAGAUUCGUCCGGAAGAAGAUCGGUCAAAUCGUCCAAGAUCCGGAGAAGGCAAGGAAACUGACUCCUCACGACUUCUAUGCUCGACGACCGCUGUGCGACGCGGGCUAUUAUGAGCAGUUCAACCGGCCAAAUGUUGAUAUCGUCAGCCUCAAGGAGAACCCGAUCAAGGGUAUCACGGAAAACGGGGUUGCCAUGUCAGACGGCACCCAAUAUGAUCUCGACGUCCUUAUUUUCGCCACGGGAUUUGAUGCGGUCGAUGGCAACUAUACCCGCAUCGCGAUCAAGGGUCGCAACGGCCAGAGUCUGAAAGAUCACUGGGAUAAGACCGGCGGGCCCACGACCUAUCUGGGGGUAUGCGUGUCAGGGUUCCCGAAUCUGUUCAUGAUCACCGGCCCCAACGGUCCGUUCACAAAUAUCCCGCCCACCAUUGAAACACAGGUUGAGUUCAUUGCUGCCACCAUUGCCACCGCAGAAGAGCAUGGCCGGGCAAAGAACCACGCAAGCAAUGGCGUGGCGAAUUCGAAUUCGGCUGCCGCACCUUCGAACUCGUCUGCAUUUGGCCCGGUAAUCGAAGCACUGCAAAGCGCCGAGGACAACUGGACGCAGGUGUGUAAAGAAAUCAGCCACAACAGCCUCUUCAGGAAGACGGACUCGUGGGUUUUUGGUGCCAAUGUCCCAGGUAGGAAACACACGGUGCUGUUCUACUUUGGCGGCUUGGGCGCGUACCGCAAGGUUCUGCGCGAAGUCGUCGACUCCGGAUAUCAGGGGUUCAAGCCACUGUGA